CCCCACUUCCUCUCUCCCUCGUCUUCAGGAACCUAUAAAACUUUAUUCCUCUAUUUCCUAUUUUACCCCUUUUUAAAGAAGUAUUUGUUUUCACAAAACCAAAAAUCUAACGGUUAAAUUCGAUCGAAAAAAGUAAUCAUCUCUCUGUACCAAACAGACAACUUGCAAAACAGAAAAAUACAACAAAGAUUCGAGAAAAAGAAAACGAAGAAAAAAAAGCUUUCAAUUCAAAACCCUAGAGCUCAAUUUUAACAGUUGAACAAUAGCUGCAUCUGGAAGUUAUAUAUAUAUAUAUAGAGAGGUUUGUUAGGACUUUUAGAAUCAUGUAUAGAGAGAGAGGCACGGUUGGUUCGAGACCGGAGGUUGUGGAUCGGAAACGAAUCAACGGAUCUCUUGAACGACCUUCUCCGUCCACGUCUCGUCAAGUUAACGGUAAAGGAAAAGGAACCGUUACUGCGGCGUCAGCGCACUCCGUGAAGCAGCCGCACGACCAUAGAGAUUCGCGUUCCGCCUCUCUCUCUAAAAACAACGUUUUAGACGAUGAAUCAGACACAGACAGUGAAGAAGAAUCAGAUGCCAGUGGUUCAGACACCUCGUGGAUAUCUUGGUUCUGUAAUCUUAAGGGGAACGAGUUCUUCUGUGAGGUCGAUGAUGACUACAUCCAAGAUGACUUUAACUUGUGUGGACUCAGCAGUGUAGUCCCGUACUACGAGUACGCUCUUGAUCUGAUUUUGGAUCUAGAAUCUUCCCAUGGAGAGAUGUUUACAGAGGAACAGAAUGAGUUGAUCGAGUCAGCUGCUGAGAUGCUUUAUGGACUUAUUCACGCUCGUUACAUUUUGACAACCAAAGGAUUAGCUGCAAUGUUAGAUAAAUACAAAAACUACGACUUUGGAAGGUGUCCUAGAGUUUAUUGCUGUGGCCAACCUUGUCUUCCUGUUGGUCAAUCGGAUUUGCCUCGGUCAAGCACGGUGAAGAUAUAUUGCCCUAAAUGUCAAGACAUUUACUACCCGCGAUCAAAGUAUCAAGGCAACAUUGAUGGGGCUUACUUUGGGACAACGUUUCCACAUCUGUUCUUGAUGACUUAUGGAAAUCUCAAGCCACCAAAGGCAACACAAAACUAUGUUCCAAGAGUUUUUGGUUUCAAAUUACACAAUCCGUGAGUGAAAUUUCAAAGAAAAAACAGGAGAGUGAAGGUGAUCAUGGCUUUGGAUUGGAAAAGAGAAACAAGGAGCGUUUGUAAUCUCACCAACGGUGAAGAAGCAGCAGUGUCUAUUUGUCAUGAGGUAUAUACACAUUAGAAGCAAGCCAAAAAAAUGAAAAUCUUUUUGAUGUUAAACUUGAAUUGGUAUUUUCCUACUUUUUGUAAUCUUCUUCUUUUGUUUUGUUUCUUCCCACUGUGAGAUUCUGUCAGAUAGUUCAAUCAUAUAUUAAGAAGUGUUCCUUUUUAGCCA